AUGGCGAACGCACACGUCGUCGUUACCGGCUCCACCGCUCACACGCCUAAAGUUGGCAAGGUCUUUGACGACAUCAAAUUCUUCUUAGUCCAGCGCAUACCCAGUCGAUCUCGUUUCGUGGGAGACAUCGAAGCGAACGGCGGACGAGUCGUCAAGGUCGAAUCUCAAGCCGACUAUGUCAUCGCCGACCACAUGCGAAAGGAUGCGCCUGCGGGGAGCUAUUCGUACACAUUGAUCGAGGCAGCUUUAAGAGAUGGCCGGCUACAUGACUCGUCCGACCACGCGAUACGGCCGCCAGAUGCUGUACGAGAAGUCGGAUCUACUGCGAUGGGCAGAACCACCCGCACUCCUUUCACGCCCGAUGACGACAAGCUCUUGUGGAACUGGGUAGAGCAGGCAAGGGCGGCAGGAGAUCCGUUGAAGGGCAACGCGAUAUACAAAGCACUGGAGGCAGUCAAUCCACGGCAUACACACCAAUCUUGGAGAGAUCGGUAUGUCAAGUACCUGUCCGUGAGACCACCACCAGGUGUUACCGUUUCUGCGAAUCCGCCUCCGACUCCUCCCAUUGUGGCCGCGGAGCAGAAUGAGACACCUCCUGCUCAAGAACCUAGGCCAUUCACCGACGUCGACUUCGACAAGCUGAUGUUGCAGGCGAGCGAUAUCGAGCUUAUUGGAGGCGAUCAGUGGGAAGAGGCAUGGGAGGCAUUCGCUAAAGCUGAAGAGGAGACUCCGCACACCGGAGAGGAAUGGGCAUCCUUCUACUGGUCGAAAGUGCGUCCGGUGUAUUUGAAGAGCGUGGCUGGUGAGGGAGAAGACCACAAGGAGCGAAUGGAAACCAACCAGAAGGAUUCAGAGAUCGACCAAGAGCCAGACAAUGCCAGCAAGAAGCGAAAGCAGAGAAUUGAACAACAAUUCGAUUCACGAGACCGAGCCAAGAGGCAGAAGACAGCGACGCCAGAGCUUAACGAGAGACGGGAACAUGAACCAGCGCGGAACGAACACAUGAGCGACAUGCCAACCACAGAACUCCCGGAAAGAUUGAUACAGAAUAUGGCUAGCAAAGCCAUUGAUGUUCUCGACAAUGCGGAGGACAUUAUGAAGGAGCCCAUUAUCACAUCUGAUCUAAACGCAGCCGCGAAUAUGCAACUUCAGCAGGAAGCUGAUGUGAAUGGCGUCGAUCGAUUGCCCACUUCUCAAUCGGAAGGUGUUCACUUCCACAACUCCCACACGCUGCGCUCUGAGGCAACAGUGCCUACCCCAGAGGCCAACAGAGCGGCGGCGGCACAGUUUGGAGAUUGGAGAGCAAGUGAUGACAAUGCUCGUCAUGAAGACGGCGAUAUCGAGGAUGAACGAGAAGCGAGGCCAUCUGACGAAACGCAGUUGCCACCGAGCGAGCCACAGCUUGCAUUGACAGCAGAGAAUCUAGCAAGUCAGCAAGCGCAGCACGAACCACCGCUGACUCGCGGCACUGAUCUUCCGAAAGACGACGACGAUGCAGACCAGACAAACUAUGCUGAGUAUCUGUCUCAAUUCGUUGGUCAGAAUGCGGGACAUGAUCUGCUAAUCAAUGCACGCUCUGCACUCUCAGCUCAAGGACAGGGACAAGCCGGAGGGGAUAGCGAUAUGCUUGACGAGCCUGCUCCUGCUCAUAACCCACCAAGAAACGCUGAAACGCGUGCACCUCUUCCUCUGUCAUCACCGCAAGAGAUUGAUGAGGCUUUUGAAAAUGGCUUCAGGCCAGCAUCUCCAUCCCAACGAAGAAGGCCGGAUGUCGAGCCUGGGCAGAAUUUUCAGCCACGUAGCAUGUAUCCUUCGUUGCAUUCACAGCCUGGACGCGAGGCUUCAGAGGUUGAUGACGCCGCCAUGGAGGACCCUGCUGAAGCAUUGAUGUCACAGAUUAACAGACCGACAUCAUCAGAUCGCCGAGGCUCUGGAAGUCAGCCAGACUUUGAGGAGAUUUUCCGUAACGACGAUGUUGUUGAGGUCGAUGAAGACCAAGAUCGGUCACAAGGAGACGGACAUAUCGAAGACGGCGAGUACGACGAUUAUGACGACUUGGAUCUGAGCAUGCCAGAGCCGGAAGGUGGCUUCGAUUCACCAGACCGCGAAGACCUCCAACCCGGCAACGAUCUUGACGACCAAGACGCCAUUCGGAAAUCUCACAGUGUCAUAGAGAUAUCGUCGCACGAGUCGUCGAGUCCGUACACCGAGAGCUCUCGCGGAUCACAACAGCCUUGGUCUCGUCCGAUGGCCAACGGCGGGAGGAGUCACGCUGUAGACACCCAGGACAUAAUCAACGCCGAGACACAGAAGCUUGACUUGGAACUUCCUCUGCCAAUGUCAUCAGAUGACGAGCUCGGUGAACAUGUUACGGUCCAACCGCGGAACACCACAGCUAGAGACGAAGGCAAGAGCAAACCAACCGCGCCUGAAGUUCUUGACACGCCCGAACAAGUAAAGGAUUGGGUCUCAACAAUGGCAUUACGGGGUUACAAAAAAGGUGCGGUUGUCAAGGCACUCAAAUCUACAUCCAUGAGACCGGAUCUGGCACUGCUCGUGUUGAUCGAGCAGAAGGCUGGCAAAGGCUUCCCCGCGGAUGUUUCUGGUGUCUGGACCAAAGACGAGGACACGGUGCUGGAGAGUGGAAACGCUCAAGGUAUAGAGGAGCUGGAGAAGAAGCACGGCUGGGAGGAGAUGGCCGUACGGAUGAAGUUCCUGGAGGACUGGCGAACUUUGGGCUGA